CGAGUCCCCCAUCAGCGAGGCGGCUCCCUGCUCCCGGCCUGCUCGGGGAAUCCCGAAACAUCCGCCACCAUGGUGAACUUCACCGUAGACCAGAUCCGAGCGAUCAUGGACAAGAAGUCCAACAUAAGGAACAUGUCGGUGAUUGCCCACGUGGAUCAUGGGAAAUCCACCCUGACCGACUCGCUGGUGUGCAAAGCCGGCAUCAUUGCCUCUGCCAGGGCCGGGGAGACCCGCUUCACCGACACCCGCAAGGAUGAGCAAGAGCGCUGCAUUACUAUCAAAUCCACGGCUAUCUCCUUAUACUAUGAGCUGUCAGAGAAUGACCUGGCAUUCAUCAAACAGUGCAAGGAAGGUUCUGGUUUCCUCAUUAACCUCAUUGACUCCCCGGGGCACGUGGACUUCUCCUCCGAGGUGACGGCUGCCCUGCGAGUAACAGAUGGCGCUCUCGUGGUUGUUGACUGCGUAUCAGGUGUGUGCGUACAGACGGAGACAGUGUUGCGUCAGGCCAUCGCCGAGAGGAUUAAACCAGUCCUGAUGAUGAAUAAAAUGGACCGGGCCCUGCUGGAACUGCAGCUAGAGCCGGAGGAACUGUAUCUCACCUUCCAGCGAAUUGUAGAGAACGUCAAUGUCAUCAUUUCCACCUAUGGAGAGGGAGAAUCCGGCCCAAUGGGGAAUAUCAUGAUUGACCCAGUCAUCGGCACCGUGGGGUUCGGCUCCGGCCUGCACGGAUGGGCUUUCACCCUCAAGCAAUUCGCAGAGAUGUACGUCGCAAAAUUCGCGUCCAAAGGAGAGAAGACGAAACUAAAUCCUGCUGAUCGCGCGAAGAAAGUAGAAGACAUGAUGAAGAAAUUAUGGGGAGACAAGUAUUUCGACCCGUCCACGGGCAAAUUCAGCAAAACCGCCACCAAUGCCGAAGGAAAGAAGCUGCCCCGCACAUUCAGCCAGCUUAUCCUUGACCCCAUCUUUAAGAUCUUUGAUGCCAUUAUGAACUUCAAGAAAGAAGAAACAGCCAAACUGAUAGAGAAGCUGGAUAUCAAGCUCGAUACUGAGGACAAAGAAAAGGAAGGGAAACCUCUUCUCAAGGCGGUUAUGCGCCGUUGGCUGCCUGCGGGAGACGCCUUGUUACAAAUGAUCACAAUCCACCUGCCAUCUCCAGUAACAGCGCAGAAAUACCGCUGCGAGCUGCUGUACGAAGGGCCACCUGACGACGAAGCUGCUUUGGGUGUGAAAAGCUGCGACCCUAAAGGACCCCUGGUGAUGUACAUCUCUAAGAUGGUGCCCACGUCGGACAAGGGCCGUUUCUAUGCCUUCGGCCGUGUUUUCUCUGGAAUUGUAUCAACAGGACAGAAAGUGCGUAUCAUGGGCCCCAACUACACCCCUGGAAAGAAAGAAGAUUUGUACCUAAAGCCCAUUCAGCGCACCAUAUUGAUGAUGGGUCGUUACGUGGAGCCCAUUGAAGAUGUCCCUUGUGGCAACAUUGUCGGCCUCGUCGGGGUUGACCAGUUCCUGGUUAAGACCGGCACCAUCACUACUUUUGAACAUGCCCAUAACAUGCGAGUGAUGAAGUUCAGCGUCAGCCCCGUGGUGCGAGUAGCCGUUGAAGCCAAAAACCCUGCUGACCUCCCCAAACUGGUGGAAGGCUUGAAGCGCCUGGCUAAAUCUGAUCCUAUGGUUCAGUGUAUUAUUGAAGAGUCAGGAGAACAUAUCAUUGCCGGUGCUGGAGAGCUACAUCUAGAAAUCUGCCUUAAAGACCUUGAAGAGGACCAUGCGUGUAUUCCUCUCAAGAAAUCCGACCCCGUGGUUUCCUACCGCGAGACCGUAAGCGAGGAAUCCAGCCAGCUCUGCUUGUCCAAAUCUCCAAACAAGCACAAUCGUUUAUUCAUGAAGGCGAGACCCUUCCCAGACGGACUGGCCGAAGACAUUGACAAGGGGGACGUAAGCUCCAGGCAGGAAUUAAAGCAACGCGCCCGCUACUUGGCAGAGAAGUACGAAUGGGACGUGGCAGAGGCCCGAAAGAUUUGGUGCUUUGGCCCUGAUGGAACAGGACCCAACAUCUUAGUGGAUGUUACCAAAGGCGUCCAGUAUCUAAAUGAGAUCAAGGACAGCGUUGUGGCUGGAUUCCAGUGGGCCACCAAAGAGGGUGUGCUGUGUGAGGAGAACUUGAGAGGAGCCAGGUUUGACAUUCAUGACGUCACACUGCAUGCUGAUGCCAUCCAUCGAGGAGGCGGGCAAAUAAUCCCCACGGCCAGGAGAGUCCUGUAUGCCUCCGCCCUCACAGCUCAGCCCCGCCUCAUGGAACCCAUCUAUCUAGUAGAGAUUCAGUGCCCAGAGCAGGUAGUAGGAGGCAUCUAUGGCGUACUGAACAGGAAGCGCGGCCAUGUCUUUGAAGAAUCCCAAGUAGCAGGGACACCAAUGUUUGUGGUGAAGGCGUAUCUUCCCGUAAAUGAAUCAUUUGGUUUUACUGCUGAUUUACGCUCUAACACCGGCGGCCAGGCUUUCCCCCAGUGCGUGUUCGAUCACUGGCAGAUCCUGCCCGGAGAUCCAUUUGACAGCACCUCCCGCCCCAGCCAAGUUGUUGGAGAAACCCGCAAGCGGAAAGGCUUGAAGGAAGGGAUCCCACCCCUGGAUAACUUCCUCGAUAAAUUGUAACCCCUCCCCGGUCUCAGACCCUAGGUCCUGUCAGUCUUGUGAUUUACAGCAACGCCGCUUUUUCUCAUGAACCAGAUUCCAAUCUCAUCACACAGCAGAAUCCCAGCACUUACCUCUGACUAGGAGAACACCAGGAGGAUCCUUUGCCCUCUAAAAACAAAUGACAUUAAUAUGAAAAAAAUAUAAAAGAACAAAACCAUCAGAAAAAGGAAAAUCUUCCUCCAAAAAUCGUAAAUAAACAAUGUAAAUGUUAA